UUGAUUUUGCUGCGGAUCUUAGAAAAUGGCGCUGUCCAUGAAGAUGGACUCAGACGAAGAAGAAUCGUUUGUUAUCAUCGGAAAACAAGUUGAACAACUUGAAGAAGAUGAAGCUCGAAAGAAACCAGUGUCAGUACAUGACCUACCUUUUAAAGAUAGUAAAGGCAGACAAAGAUUUCAUGGAGCAUUUACUGGAGGUUUCUCAGCUGGUUACUUUAAUUCAGUAGGAACCAAAGAAGGAUGGGCACCUUCUACAUUUGUAUCAUCUAGAAGUUCUAGAAAUGAUCAAGUCAGUCAAAAAGCGGAAGAUUUUAUGGAUGAAGAUGACUUUGGAGAACAUGGCAUAGCUCCAAGAAAAAUAGCUACUGCUGAAACUUACACAUCUGAAGAAAGACAGAGAAAAAGAAAGGCUUUAGCUUCAGCUGUAACUGGUGAUGCUAUUGGACAAAAGGAUACAACUUUAAUGGACUUAGUAGUACCUGACAGUCUACCAAUUGGUAUUCGGUUGUUGAGAAAAAUGGGAUGGAAAGAGGGACAAGGUGUUGGACCCAGAAUUUCUUCAAAAAAUAGAAAGAAGAAGAAAAGUUCAAAUGAAGGAAAAGUUUAUGGAUGUAUGAUGCCAGAUGUUCCAAAUUCAAGUACUGAGGAUGAGGGUUCAGAUGAAGAAUAUUUAAAGAAUGUGACCUUUGCCCCAAAAGACAGUAACCCUAUUUCAUUUGAUGCAAAAGAUAAUGUUCAUGGUAUAGGAUAUAGAGGUUUAAAUCCGUCUGCUGCCUUGCCUUCUGCGCAUAUUAAUCUGUUUGAACCACCACCUGUUAGAUCUUCUAAAGGAAAAAGAGGGAUUAGGGGAAAGGGUUUUGGAGUAGGUGCAUUAGAAGAAGAUGAUGAUGAUAUAUAUGGGGUAGAUCAUCUGUCAAAUUAUGAUAUGUCCAUGGAUAUAGAGGAUGAUAAUCAUCUUAGUGGAUGGACAGCUCCUAAAGGACUGUCUAAAGAUAGUGGUUCAACCCCUGUUGGAUAUGUGGGUAAAUUAUUAGCAGGUUUUACCUUAUCAACCAAAACUCUAAAAUCUAACAAAGUUUAUCCACCACCAGUUUUACCUCAACAUUUUAAGCCAGUCCACAGAUUUAAAGGACCUGUAAUAGAGGAGUCAGUCUCUAGAUUAACAGCAAAUUUAACAAAACCAGAAUUGAAGAAAAGCCCCUUGACAGCUGUAGACAGAGCAUUGGCUUUAGGAGAAGCACCAGUUCUAGUGGGUUCUGUAUUUGAUUUGGUAUCUGAAGAAGACAAAGAUAAAAUGAAAAAAGCAAAAUCUGGAACAUUAUCUAUAGAAGAAUCCGAAAAUUCUUCUCCUGUGUUUUUGAAACCUAUUGAAAACAGUCCUGCACUGAUGUCAACUAAUAAAACCAAAUCAUCUAGAUGGGACUUGACAGUUAGAAAAACAAAUGAAAUAGAAUUGGAAAAUACAAAAGAAAGGGUGGAUGAACAUAAAAAUAAUGUGGCAUUUAGUCCAUCCACAAGUUUUCAAGCUACUCCAAGUCACCAGUCAAGUCUGUCUGUUACAUCAGUCGAAUCAACUCCUCCUACUGUACCAACCAAACCGUUAUUUGCUGGUAAUUUGACAGCGUAUAAGCCAUUUGCUAAAACUCCUGAUAAACAAGAACGCUAUGAGAAAUAUUUAUCUUUGGUGAAUCAAGGCAAAAAAGAUGCAUAUCUAGAAAUUACAAGUGGACAGAUGACAGAAUGGGAGAGAGAACGAGAAAAAGAUGAAUUUAUACGAGCUUCUAAAUUAUAUAAACCAUUAUCUAAUAUGAUGGCUUCCAGAUUUACAACUGCUAGAUUUGAUGAUGAAACAGAGACUGUAGACAUACCAAAAGAAGGAAAUGAUAAAUCUGACAAGGACAAGGCAGCAGAAAUGAAGAUGUUUGGUCAGUUAACACGUGAUAAUAUAGAAUGGCAUCCAGAUAAAGUUUUAUGUAAACGAUUCAAUGUUCCAGAUCCAUAUCCAGGAUCAUCAAUUACUGGUUUACCAACCAUAAAAAGGGAUAAAUAUUCAGUUUAUAAUUUUCUAAGUUUUCCCAGUCAAGAAUUUGUAUCCCAAGAUACUAUUAACACUCCACCUUUAGCUAUUGAACCAAAAAAAGAUGAAGAGAAUGUUUCCGAAACAAAAGAUGAUAAAAAAGAAACUUCUCGAGUAUCUUUUAAUAUAAAGAAGAAAGUUUCAAUCUUUAAUGUGUUAUUUGAAGACAAUGCUUCCGUAUCUGGUCAGAAAACAACAGAUAACCAAGUAAAAACAGUAGAUAUCAAAAAUAUAACAACAGAAAACAAAAGGAGUGAAAGUACUUUAACAGAAACUAAGGAUAAUGUUGCUGGUGAAAAAGAAACAACUAAAGCUCCUUCAUUAGAUUUAUAUCGGGCUAUAUUUAACAGUUCUGAUUCAGAUGAAAGUAGUUCUAGUAAUGAUGAGGAAGAAGAAAAGAUACAGCCUGAAAAAACAGUAGAACAACAAAAAUUGAACUUUGCACUCAAUGAAACAAAGCCACCAGACAUAUCACCUGCUACUUUAAAACCAUCUGUGCCUAUACCAAGUACAUCUGGUUCCAGGUUGCCAGGAGACGAUAGUAUAAUACAAACAAUCGAAGAAAGGUUAUCUCCAUCAAUUUCUAGUCACCAUGAUGCAUCAAUGGUCUCUUCUUCCACGAAUGUAUCUAAACACAGUGUCUCAUCUAGUGACAGUGAUGAAGAAAUGUUUGGUCCAGCUUUACCCAAACCAAGUUCAUCACAUGAAAACAGAUUACAACAAGCUCUCGAUGAUCAUGGUAAAAGUUAUAAACCUAAACAUAAAUAUAAAAGUAAACGUAAAGAAAAAUAUGAAGAAAAACACAGAAAUAGACACAAAGAAAAAUCAAGAGAGAAAUUAAAAAGUAAACAUAAGAUUAAAGACAAAAAAUCUAAACAUAAAAAGAAUAAAAAUAAAAAAUCUAAGAAACAUAAGAAGAAAAAAAGUAAACAUAUGGAAAGUGAAAGUAGUGAUGAUAGUGACUGUAUUAUUGUAUCUGAAGAUGAGAAAAAUGUAAAAUCAAUAGACCAAGAAAUAUUAUCAAGGUUAAGAGAUGUCCCUGGUAAAAGACUGACAGCAGCUGAUUUUAUGUAAUACAUGAAAAUUUUGGUUUACACUGUUUAACUUUUUAAAUUAUAAAUCUGUGAUAGUGAAUUAUGUGUUCGUGUAUACUACAUAAAUAUAUAUUUUAUUACUAUUUA